AUGUUUCGCUUUUGGGGCUCGGAUUCUAGGGGCUGUGAUCAGUCGAUAGAUACCUCGCACGGUGCCUACCGCCACGCCCACCAGCAUCCGACGCCGUCCCCAACCACCGCUUCCAGCCCGUCCUCGCCUACAACCCAUCCUCUGAAAAGGAAGUUGCACGGCUUCGACGACGCCGAGACCCUGUCGCUGGACUCUACCGAACCCCACUCUAAGCGCCUUAAACGCGCCGAUGAAGACAACAUGCUCUACGCCCGACAGGAUCCGCUCGAAUGCGCCCGCGACGAAAUCCGCCACCAGUUCGGGCUUGAGAUUCUGCUCAAGCACGACGAGUUGCGUCUCAUCAACCAGGAGCUUGCCAAGUGCCAGAUCGCCCUCGAGCAGUUGCGCCGCUGUCACUUAAUACCCUAUCCCGUCAACUGCCCGACACCGGACCAGAUGCUUCAAGUCACCAACGGCAAGGGACCUGCGCUUGCUAACCACCCCGCUGAGCCUGCCCCUAAAUGGGCGCCGCCUUUCGGCGUUGUCGACGGUCCCUAUGCUCGGCACUACGCUAGGUGGCUCAUUCCCGAUCCUUCUUUCGACGGGAUGCAACCCGAGUUCCAGUUUACACCCGAGUUUGCCGCCGCGCGUGCCUCCUUCGCUGAAGGACGCACAACGCGCAAUAGCUUCACUGAGACUACUGUCGGAAAGGGUCGUCCUAACCGUGCUUUGUCCGGCCACCGCUUGCAGUCUCUUUCCAGCGGAUACCCUCAGCCAAAGGACAAGGCCGGUCCUUGCAUCCUGAAGCGCUCUGACGGACAGACUGUCAAGCUGGUUUGCCUCGACUGCAACCGUGAGAACUUCUCUAGCACCCAGGGCUUCAUUAACCACUGUCGCAUUGCGCAUAAGCGUGACUUCAAGAGCCACGAGGAGGCUGCCGUGCAGAGUGGCCAGCCUAUUGAUGCUGCUCCUGAGCCGCGCCCCAACAGCAUAUCCACGCCUGUCGAAGACAAGCCCGCCCCUGUUACCUCGACCUCAGCCUUUGUGCACCCUUUUGUUGCUCGUGACCUCUCCGACCAGGAAGCGUACGCGGCUCUGCGCGCCAGAAUCGCCGAUGCUCUCAAGCUGUACCCUCAAGCUAAGGCUACUGCUGGUCGUGUCGUCAAGCAGCCAAAGAAGAAGAUGAGCAAGUUCAAGGCAUCUGCCGAUGCUCCCUAUCUGUCCAAGUUCAUGCAGGGCAAAAAGUUCAACGGCAACCUCGGCGAAAUUGUCUCCGACGCCAAGACCAAGAUGUCUCUGGACGAGGCUUCCGGUGACGAGUCUGAUACUGACAGCUCGCUGCCUCGCCUCGAUCCCGCAGCCGUGCGCACGCCUGUUGUGAUGCGCAUGCCGGCGCACAGCUCUCCUACCCCAAUGGCGAGGCCGCCCAGCUCCAAAGGCCGUCCGGCCCACAUGGACUUCGUUUCUCCGCCGCACUCAUCUUCAGCAUCGCACGGCGGCAUGUCGGAUGACGACAUGCCAAUGCGUGACGAUAAUUUCAGCCCUAGCACCCUAGUGAGCAACAAUGCGCCAUCUCUGGUUAGCGACGACGGAGAGUAUGACGACUCGGAUGAGGGCUCGUCCGUCUCCGAGGGUAGCGACCACAUGGACGCCGACUCGGCCUCUGAUGUCGCCGAGAUUGCGCUUGAUGAGGAGCAUGAGCCUCGAGCACUUCGCCGCGGGUCUGGCACCGUCAGACUGCGCAAAGAUGACACCAAGCACGUCACCUUUAUGGGACCCGUGAAACAAAACAACACCAAGCAACGAAAGGCUCGCCGCGUGUGA